GGUUGCUGCAUCUUCACCUAAAGCGGAGUUUGACUUUCUUGCAGGUCCUCUCUCUCACACAGGCUCUCUCACUGUGUUGGGCUGAAAUGUUUUCUUUCUCGGCUCGGGCCACCAGAGAUGAUGAUGAUGAUGCUUCAGAGUAACUCUUCAUAAAGCUUGCUGGAGAACAGGGCAGAGUUGCAGCUCUGCAGCUAAUGAACUGCUGCAGCUACUCUUUCUAUCUUUAUCCCUCUUUUAAUUUGGAUACUGGGAUGAAAUAGAUCACUCCACACACUGCUGGGAGGCAAAUGAAUGGAGGAGACUGGUGGGGGAUUUCCCAAGGCUGAAGCGACACCAAGAGAAUCUAAAUGGACUAAAAUGCAUUUGGCAAAGUAAUUUCAAAUGUUGUUUUCCAACAUAUUUUCGCCUGGAAUUUAAUUUCUCAAUCUCUGACAUUUCUUUGUGGAAUUUACCUGGAAAGGUGGUAUGUUUGGGUCAAGCAUGUUCUCAUUAAUGUUGCUUCGCCACUGGAGUCUGGCUGUGUUCUUGCUGUGCUUCCCAGUGACUUUCGAAGGAAGACCAGCUGACGCACUUAUUAAGAGAACGAGAAGAUCGGUGAGCCAUGCCCAGCUGCUGCAUGACAAGAGCCGCUCCAUCCAAGAAUACAGGCGCCGCAUAUGGCUACAGGAACUGCUGGAGGAGGUGCACACGGCCGAUGAGCACACUCCAUCUACGCAGAGCAGAACCCAGAGCCAAGUGUUUAGUGGGACCACUCUACACCAGAAGCCCCAAGGGGCCAGCAAGGACCUCCUAGAGAGGGUUAAUAUGGAGAGACCGGUUCCCCAUCUCACCCAGGAGACCAACAAGGCUGUGGCUUACAAGGAACAGGACCUAAAAGUCGCCACCAAGAGGAAGAAAAAGGUCCGGUUAGGCCGACGCAAAGAGAUUGACAAGAAGAGGAGAAGAGCCCGCUCUACCAUAGGAAUGGGUCCAUGAAAGGACAAGGACCCUGCUUAUAGACCACAGGACCUUUUAUUUAAUGGUGCUGCACUAAGACACUGACACAGACUGAUACCUGACAGACGGUUUCUGGAGUCAGGGUUGUGCUUGUAUGAUAAAACUUGCAUAUUUUUGUUUCAUUGGUUCAUAUUUAUGAGGAAGAUCUUCACACCUCUGUAACUUGGAUGUCCAUUGGAUGUCCUUUGUAUGCAUUGUAAUCCAUAACCAAACCCGUACAUAGACCAUUCAGACGAGGAAUGGUCUAUGGUCUCAGUUAAUACAGUCAUGGUAAAAAAAAAAAAGGUAUGUUUUCUAUAUCAGAAUUUAAUGAUCUUAGUUUUACCAUCUUCUAGAACAAUUUUUAUUUUUAGACCUUCAGGUGUAUAAAAACUCACAACAGAUUUCCAGUAUUUCACUAUUUAUUAAACAAAGAUACAGCCAGUAUGGCUGAAACUCCACCAUGAACGUACCGCCAUGUACAAGAUUCAGUAAUUUGUUGAACGACCUUUAGCAGAAAUAACUCGAUAUACUCACAAGUCUCUAGCAUCACUGUGGGUGACCUUUUGGCCCACUCCUUUCUAUAUUAUAUUGUUUCAUUUUUGUAUAUGACCCAAUUCUAUCUGAGUUUUAUGUGAUGGAAAUAUGGCUCCACAAUAGCCUCCAGAAUCCUUUGGUAAACGGACUAGUUCAAGGUCAGCUCAAAGGCCCAAAGGUGUGCCGAGAUCCCGUGGGUGCAAAUUGAGCCCCAAUCAUCAGUCCUCCUCCACCAUGCUUGACAGUUGGUAUGUGGUGUUUGUGCUGACGUGUUGUGUUUGGCUCCCACCAAACGUGGCGUUGUGCCUUAUUGACAGACAGUUGGACUUUGUACAGAAGACAUUGUUUCGAAAGUCUUGAGGUUCACACAGAUGCAUCUUUGCAACCUGACAAGCACUUUUCAGGCUACUCUUCUCAAUAAGUCACAUUUGUUAAGUCUUUUUUUACGAGUACCAGCAUAAAAGCAAACAUUUAACCUGCUGAGGCCUGUAGAGUUAGAGAUGUAGCUCUGGGAAGUUUUGGCAUUUAUUUGGACAUUGCACAUUUGAUGGAACGUCCUCUUCUAGGGAGACUGUUUUAAAUAUUUUUCCCUGAGAAAUACACUUCUCACUGUAGACUUGAGGGCAGCAACAGCUGGUUUUUCUCCUAGACAUAGUAACAGACAUCAGCACACUCCAGAUCACCAAACUGCUAAAACGGUUUUUAUAGAGGUGCGGUUUUAAUCAAGCCGGUUUGAUUUGUGGAGGGCACACUCUCUUCUUGCGUGACUGUACCUCUGUUUAAAGGGUUCAGCCAUAAUUUAUUUCACUUUGUUAGUCUAUAUUUAUUUUGUGAAUGUAUCAUGGAGCUGCUGAUUUAAUUCCAUUAUGCACUUUAGUUACAUCCUGAAUGAGUUCCUUUGUGGUUGAAUUUUAGCGUAGGGACUGUUGUUGAUGGUACUGCUUUCCUUCCUCACCUCAGAUCCCUCAUGGACUCAUAACUUUCAGAAGCACCAUCAGAAAACGCUUCUGUUGAAUUAAGUUACAGUUUGUUUGUUUUGCUUGGAAUAAGCCAAAGUCAAGGGCCUGACCCAGCUUCAUUGUUCUGCACUGAGGGAAUGCUGUACAUGUUUCCAGUUAAUCUAUCAUUAAAAAUGCAUCUAUUAGGUAUUUUUUGCUUCAUAGUGUCUUUUUUUUUUUUUUUUACCAGAUACACACAUAGCCUACUUUGUGUUGCAAGACAGGUUCAAUUCAAGGGAUUUCUUGAUUCUACAGGCCUAGCAGUAAUCAGGCCUGGGUGUGGCUUGUGCAGUUGAUCUCAGCUUUCCAAAAUUGUGGUCAAAAACAGUUAAAUCAUGACUUAAAUAGGGGCCAUAUUGGGAUCACUUUGGUUUGGAUAGCUCCUUUCCCUUCAUAAAUUACAUCUUUAUUUGACAACUGCAUUUUGUAUUACUGGUUUCUUUGUCAAUAAAAUGUGUUAGAUGUUCUGAAAUAUUCAGGUGUGACAAAAAGGUAAGAAUGGAAGAAAUUGGUAAGGGAGCAAAUUCCUUUUCUGGCACUGCUGCUCCCUGGACAGACAAAGACUUCACACUACAGAUGAAAUAUGAACAUUAAUAAAUAUGUAUGUAAUUUCAACUUCUUUUCAAAAAUGUAUUCUACAACCUUCACAUAUAAACACCAGUGCUAAAACUGCA